CCGAGUGAGUUGUCGAUUACCAACAACAAACCACAACAUUCCAUGGUUCUCUGAUCUCUGUAUACCUUGCCCGAUUCUCACUCAUCACCAACACAUAAUCCGGCCAUCUCCAUCCCCAGCCCUUCCUCCCGACUCCCGGCAUCUGCGUCAUCCCAACUCGCCGCUUACCGAGCAGUGCAACUUUGCACCACAUCGCGCAUACAUGCACGCCCGGAAAAGAUACGAAGAUAAUCACGCAUUUGAUAAUACCCAUUUCUAAGCUUGUUGAACCCUCCCCCGUCUUUCGCUUUACCUACGCUCGGAGAUAGAGACGGGGUUGGAAAGGCAGACAUGCGCGAGCAGGAAGAUUCAGCCGGGGAGUGGAGCGCGGUUCGCCUUGGAUGGCUCAGCUCUGUGUGACCAUCGGUUUUUAGAGAUUGGUGAAUGCGAGGUUUGGGAAGAAGGCAUGUUUUAUUUUGAAGAGGGCUGAUUUACGUGUUUGACUAUGGCUGAAAGGGAGAAUGGCUACUGCAGAGAUGGGGCGCAUUGGAGUUUGUUCAAGAAUGCACGAAAGCCCGCAAUUUUUGAAGUUAAGAUCUUCAAGCUCACUGUCUUCUAUCUUCUUCAACAUCUAUCUUUUACCCCUCAUCACAUUUCAUAUUCUGAGGGCGCCAACACAGCAUACAGAAUGGAAAACUCCACCCCCCCCCCUUCCUCCCUCCACAACAGCUACUCCCACCGCCUCCCCCACCUCACCUACCUCACCCCCCUUCUCCGCCCCUACAUCUACAUCCCCCUCCUCCUCACCGCCUACAUCCUCUACCACCGCUACCUCACCGGGCUUUCCCACAUCCCCGGACCCUUCUCCGGCACCUUCAGCAACUUUUGGAAAAUCAGCGCGGCAUGGCAUGAAGAGAUGCCAAAGCGCAACAUUGCCGCGCAUCGCAAGUACGGCCCGCUUGUCCGUGUGGGUGCAAAUAUGAUUAGCGUCGAUGACCCAGCUGCGAUGUCAACUAUCUAUGGGUUUAAGCCGAUUUACUCGAAGACGGCUUUCUACCCUAUCGUUGAGGCGCUGUAUAAAGGCAAGCUUCUCGCGAACUUGUUUACCACGCGCUCGGAACAGUACCACGCACGCCUGAAGCGCGCGUCGGUGACAGCAUACUCCAUGACUGCCCUCGCUGAUCUCGAGCCGCACGUGCAGCCCGUUAUUGACCUUUUCCUGAAACGCAUUGACGAGGUUGGCGCUGGUGGCACGAAGGCCUUCGAUAUUGGGUCUUGGCUGCAGUUUUUCACCUUCGAUGCUCUAGGAGAGAUCAACUUUUCAGAGCAGCUUGGGUUUCUGGAGACGGGCACGGAUGUGGGGAAGAGUAUUGGCACGAUUGAUGGGCUGUUGGCGUAUUUGUCGGUUGUGGGGCAGGCACCGUGGAUGCAUCGCUUUUUGCUGGGGAAUCCAGUGUUGCCGCAUGUAUUGCCGCUGGAGAGUAGUAAUGAGGUUCAGAAUUUCGCCAUCAAAAUGAUCAACAAACGCAAAUCCCCCUCAACCACAAAACCCCACCGCGACAUCCUCGCCCGCCUUCUCGAAGUCUCCGAAAAAGACCCCUCCAAACUCACCUUCGAAGAAAUCAUUGCCCUCACAACCACCAACCUCAUCGCCGGCUCCGACUCCACCGCCAUCGGUCUCCGCGCAAUCCUCUACUUCCUCUGCCGCACCCCCCGCGCCCACUCCCGCCUGCAAGCAGAGGUCGACGGGGCCUUCGACAGCGGCGCUCUCACGUCCCCUGUCAAAUACGCGGAUGGUACGAAACUCCCUUACCUCAAUGCCGUAGUCACUGAAGCGCUGCGCGCGCACGCGGCGACGGGGUUUGUGCUGGAGCGCGAGGUACCGGAGGGGGGCGUGACGAUCUCUGGGCAGUAUAUCCCGGCGGGAACAAUUGUGGGGGUUAAUAGCUGGGUGAUGCAUGCGAAUAAGAGUGUGUAUGGGGAGGAUGCGGAGAGUUUCCGGCCAGAGCGGUGGUUGGAUGAGGAGAAUGAGGGGGAGGCGUGGGAGGAGAGGGUGAGGGAGAUGAAGAGGUGCAAUAUGGCUUUCGGAGCCGGACCUCGCGUCUGCAUCGGUCGCAACAUCUCUAUGAUGGAGAUCAUCAAGUUCAUCCCUGCGCUAGUUCGCAUGUACGACUUCCGCCUUGCCGAUCCCGAGAAGGAAUGGAAGGUGCUGGGCCACUGGUUCACGAAGCAGAGUGGCAUGGAUAUGAUUUUUGUGGAGAGAGUGCAUGCCUAAACUCGGACGGUUGCCGCUGCUGUUAUGUGUUCUGUUUUGGAUGUUGGUAUUUGUCCUCUCUAUAUCUCCGUUUAAUGAGUGUUAUUGUCGUUGUAUAAUACAUAUUUUAAAGUAACUUAGUAGGGUCUCCUCGCCAUGUCAG